AUGGUCAUUGCCUAUGGACCAACGGAGGCUCGACUUCCUGCUGUCUGCCUUCUAUUCCACUACUGGCCUGAACUUUAUCCGUCUGUCUUCCAGGGUAAUCAAACACUGCGCCCCUACAAUUAUGCUUGGGAAGCCUGGAAGCCACAAACCUGUGAAAGGACAGAUUGCCCGAACAAAACAGGCAAGGCAUUCGCAAUGAAGGUAAUAAGUUGCCCUAAUUUUUAA